ACUUCUAAAGUAACCAUUGAGUUGUCACCAUGUGCAAGAAGCAUACGUAACUAUGAAUCAAUUCGCGGAGUUGAAAUCUCCUAACUCCGAAAUAGUCCGGGCAAAUUACAAUAAACUUUCAGAGCAUAUUCGGAGGUUAACUCCCCAAGGGAUUCAGUGCAGUGUUUUUUGUGGAGGUAUUAAUUGCAAAUAUGAAAACCCAGAAAAUUGGAAACCAGAUAGUUUGGCAAUACAGGGAAUUUAUUCUCAUUGGAUAACAGACGAUAUCUUGGCGAUGGCUCGACCUAGCACUAUUGCGAUAGUUCAGAAAAAUAUAAUUCAGCAGUUCAGAAGUUUAGGAAUCAAAUCUAUCAUAAAUCUACAAUCUCCAAAGGAACAUGCUAGUUGUGGACAACCGUUAGAAUCGUCAGGGUUUUCUUACGAUCCAAACGUUUUUAUGGAACAUAAUAUAUAUUACUAUAAUUUUGCGUGGAAAGAUUAUGGAGAUGCGACAAUAACUAGCCUUCUAAAUAUGGUGAAAGUUAUGGCCUUUGCAUUGACUGAAGGACGGGUCGCUAUUCAUUGUCAUGCAGGACUGGGAAGAACUGGGGUCCUCAUUGCAUGCUACCUAGUAUAUUCUUUGAGAGUUGCAGCUAACGAUGCUAUAAGAUAUGUGAGAUUCAAGAGACCUGGUUCAGUUCAAACUAGGGGUCAAAUUAUAUGUGUAAGACACUUUGCCCAAUUUAUUCUUCCCAAAAGUAUAACUUAUUUUAUAAAAAAUCUCGUAGGUAAAGACAAAUAUAUGAAUGAAUUUACUCUCCAUAGAUUCUUAAGAAGACAGAGAGUGGUAUUACAUGGAUACGACGAAAGGAAUUUCAAAUAUAUUCCAAAGAUUGUUCAUUACAUUUGCGAACGAAUACUUAAACUCUGCGCCUGUUGGGUAGAUGAAUUUUCUCCAUCAAAUAUUCCAUAUACAGUAGAUUUCCUGACAGCCAAAUUACAUGGAAACCUAAAUAGGGAUGAUAGUACUUACAGCAUGAGUAGUUUAUCUAGUACCAAUUCAGAUCAAGUAUUUAUGAAUAGUGAGCUUGCACAAUCACCCAUAGGAGACAUUACUUCCCCUUCUAGCCCUAACCAAUCAGAAAUGGGUGAUAUAGCAGAUUCUUUCUCAGAAUUGAGUACACUUGAUGGUGAAGAAAUGAGCGAAGAACUAUUUUUCGAAAACAGAUGUUUCCAGGAAUUAGAAAGUCAAAAAUCUUUUGCUCAAGAGCAAAUAGAAGAUGAGAUAGUUGUUCAAGAUGUAAGCCUUGUUGUGAAUGCGUUAAUUGUCGAUACUGAUGCUUUAGAGAAUGCCACUAAAAAAAAAAUCAGAGAAUAUCAACAUCAAAUUAAUUCUUCCCAGCUAGGAUGGGCUAGAUUAAGUGUGGAGACAGAUUUAACUAUUUUAAGUGCAUUACUCUUCGAUUGGUUAGAGGGACUGAAAAUUCCUGUAAUAAAAAUGGAAGAUUUUGAGAAUAUUGUUGUAAAUUAUAAAGAACCUGAAUUGUGUUUCCAAAAGUUCUCAUUGGAGGAUUGUUUUUUGAUGGAGUAUUUACUGAAAUUUUUUUUGAAAAUUCAGCCUGUUAAUAAGGAAAACCAAGAAGAUAUGCUGAAAAGAUUGAUUGGUGCUUUGUCCAAGCAUAGUGUUAUUAUCAAUAAUAAUACUGUUCCUUCAGGAAAAGGAUUUAAAAGAAUUGGUGAUGGAACAUUAACGUGUACAUAUCACUUCUUCCAAUCUUUGGUUGAACUCAUAGAACAUCAUCAAAAUGAAAAGUCUGAUCUGUUGUGCAGUCACAAUGAAGAUAAAAUAUAUGAAAAUUCUGAUAUCGAAGACUACUUCCAGUGAAACGCUCAUAAGUUAAUCAACGAUAUUACUAAAAUAUCGAAUCUGUUAAAUUUUUAUUUACUGUUUGAAUGGAUUUUUUAUUAUUUGAAUAUCAAAAUCUUUUAAAAAAUUAUUAAUAAAUAUUUGAGAACAUAAA